CUGCGGACGGCAUCCAAGCAGGACGAGGACAAGCUCUCCGAGAUCAUCGGCAGGACCGCGGAUGCCGAUCCGACCUUCCGCGUCCGAUACGACGGCGAGACCCGGGAGACCGUGGUCGCGGCGAUCGGGGAGUUGCACCUGGCUGUGGUCCUGGGCCGGAUCCGCGACAGCCACAAGAUCGAGGUGGAGACCGAACUGCCCCGCGUCGCGUACCGCGAGACGAUCACCAGGCCGGCCGCCGCCGACUAUCAGCACAAGAAGCAGACCGGCGGACACGGCCAAUACGCAGCUCGCAGUGCGCGGGAGGCGACCAAGGCGGCGCUGGCACAGGCCAAGCCGGCGCUGCUGGAGCCGGUCGUCGACCUGGUCGUGCUGAGCGACGAUCAGUACCUCGGUGACAUUCUUUCCGACCUGAGCUCACGGCGUGGUCGCGUGUUGGGGCAGGAGCCGGUCGAGUCGCUGCAGGAGACCCGCGCACAGGUACCGCAGGCGGAGAUGCUGCGCUACUCCAUCGACCUCAAGUCGAUGACCUCCGGCACCGCGUCUGUUCAUAUGACCUUAGCCACUACGCUCCUAUCCCUCAUCCGGCGAGUGUGCCGAUGA